GCUCCGAGCAACUGAGGAAGAGUAGAAAUGGCGUCGUCGGCGAGAGAAUGGAUUGAACCAGACGAAACGGCGAAGCAAUUUCUCACUAGGGUUUUCUCAGAGCGGCCUUUUCUACCAUUACCUCCACCUCUUCAUCGCAUUCCUCUCCGUCCCGGCAAUGUUGUAGAAAUCGUCGGUCCUUCUCCUUCUUCAAAAACUCGCAUUCUUAUGCAGGCUGCUAUUAAUUGUAUUUUGCCUAAGGAGUGGAAGGGUGUAAACUAUGGAGGCUUGGAGCGAUUAGUUAUGUUUGUUGACCUGGAUUGUCGUUUUGAUGUGUUAAGCCUUUCACGAUUACUGAAGCAGCGGAUCAUUCGAGCAAAUGGCAAUGGCAUAGGCCACAAGCUAAAUAAGGUGGAUAAUUCUCCUAGUGGAUCAAAGGAUGCACACACAGAAUAUGACAAAGAAUUGUUCGCUGUCAGCAUGAGAAGGUUCUUGUACAUCCGCUGUUAUGAUAGUUUUGAAUUUCUUGCUACUCUUAAGACGUUGCAUUUCCAACUUCAAAAGGAAAAAGAAGCACAUGGCAGUGGUGUUUAUUUGCUUAUGAUUGACAGUAUUGGAGCUUUUUAUUGGAUGGAUCGUGCUUCACCAUCUAUACCACCAGGGAGCAACAACAGGAGAAGUCUGUCUUUGCAAAGUGUGUCAGACAUUGCCAUUCAAGAGAUCCAGAAGAUUCUUGUGGUGCAUCCGAUGCUUGUUCUAACUACAAAAGCAGCAAGUUUACGGGAUAAAUUUACAUCUCGCGAAGUUAUUAGGAGUACAGGGCAGUUGUCUAUUGAGAGUAACUUGGACUCAAGGACCAUUAGGAGUAGUACUAAUGCUCAACUGUAUCGGGAGUAUAUGCCUUCAGUAUGGCAGUCCUUUGUUUCACACAGAAUACUUGUGCGCCCUUCAGAUGAUAGUAAAUAUCAAAAGAAGCCCAUCUAUUUAUCGGAAUGGCUGUUGCCAUCCUUGAAGUUAUCAGACAAAUUUACAAUCAAUGAAGACUCAAAGGUCUUUGCAAGUUCUGGCAACCUGAGAGAAGAUGACAUCCAUCUGCUUUCCACCAGCCAAUUUUGUGACACAAAUCUGGAGAAGAGGAAAAACUGGACAGUGAAGCAGAAGCUGGAGAAAGAAGUUAAAGCUGCAUUUUUUCCAAUUGGCAAUCUUUCGUGUUGCUUUUGUGAUGUUUUGUAUGUAAGAUAA